UUUCAACCUCCAAUCCCAGGGUUCAGAUGCCUGGCUUCCUGGAGGAGCCAGAGUCUCUUUCACUUUCGCAGAAGAUGGUUUCUAGCUGAGGAGCUUUGGCCAGGGACACACACAUCAGUGAGCCCCGUAGAAGAGCAAGAGCAGAAAUGGCCAUCAGAGACAAGGAUGCCCUGGCCUCCUGUUUGGAGCAGCAACAGAAGGGAGAAGUGAGGCAGGACCAGUGCGAGCUGCACAGCCAAGCAUCGUCUGAGAGCUCUGUCACCAUGGAAGAAGCUCAGCCCAAGACAGUGGAUGGCACCAAGGAGGCUCAGUAUCAGGGUCAAGAAGUCAUGGACCCCACCCAAGACAAGAGGAAGCAGAUGGACCUGAAGCUGCAGGAGAUCACAGCCCAAGCCCAGUCAGAGAAGGACUGGAUGCUAGGCUCAGAAAAUGUAUAUGACAUGGAUCCCAUGCUCAUCAAAAGCCCCUUACAACUAGUGAGCUCAGAACUUGAAAAUCUGACAGAAAUUCAAAUGCCAGGCCUUGGUUCAUCAUUUCCUAAUUCAACAAGCCCACCUGAUGUAGAUUCCUCUAUCUUUCAAGUCUCCUCCCACGUACUGAGUCCCAGUCAUACACUGCCAAUAAGAAUUCCGACAUUGGGUGAAAAGAGGCUUAUUAAUUGGGAACCUGAGGACUCUGGAUUUGGAACCAAAGCUCUGAAGUCUGGAAAUCCAAGAGCAAAGACUACAACUGCUCUGCUUAAGAAAAGAGCACUAGGGGAAGGCCCAAGCUUCAGGCCUGGAGCAGCAGUGCCAGAGGGAGGCUGGAGCUUAAGGCCCGGAGUAGCAUCAAGGGAGACACUAGCCUCAUACGUGAGAGCAGCAUCAGAGCCUGGAAGCAGUCUCAGUGGGAGACCAGAGCUUCAGGCCUGGAGCAGAGUCAGGGAGAGAGCCGAAUCUCAGCCUGGAAGCAGUGUCAGAGAAAGACUGGAGCUUCAGGCCUGGAGCAGCAUCAAAGGAGCCACAAGCCUCAGACCCAGGAGCAGAGUCAGAGGACACAGGCACACAGAACCACGGGGGACUGACGAUGACUUCUGGGGCCCUACAGGGCCUGUGGCUACUGAGGUGGUUGACAGAGAGAGGAACCUGUACCGAGUUCAAUUCCCUAUGGCUGGUUCCUACCACUGUCCCAACAUAGGACUCUGCUUUGUGGUGACAAAGGCAGUGACAAUCAAGAUUGAAUUCUGUACCUGGAGUCAAUACCUGUAUGAGACUCCCUUGCUGAACAGUCACAUAGUGGCUGGGCCUCUGUUUGACAUCAAAGCUGAGCAGGGAGCUGUGGCUACUGUGUACCUCCCUCAUUUUGUGCCUCUCCAAGAGGGAAAAGUGGACACCUCCUUGUUCCAUGUGGCUCACUUUCAAGAAGAAGGGAUGAUCCUAGAAACUCCAGCCAGGGUGGAGCAGCACUAUGCAGUACUGGAAAACCCAAGCUUCUCCCCCGUGGGAAUUCUAGUGAGAAUGAUCCCUACUAUUGGACACUUCAUCCCCAUCACUUCCAUCACACUGAUCUACUACCACCUCAAUCUCAAGGAGGUCACCCUUCAUCUGUACCUGAUCCCCAACGACUGCACCAUCCGGAAGGCCAUUGAUGAAGAGGAAAUGAAGUUUCAGUUUGUUCGAAUACACAAGCCACCCCCAGUAGACUGUCUUUAUGUGGGCUCACGCUACAUUGUGUCUGCAUCCAAAGAGCUGAAAAUCAUCCCAAAGGAACUAGAGCUCUGCUACAGGAGCCCUGGGGAAUCCCAGCUCUUCUCUGAGAUCCACGUUGGUCACAUGGGUUCAGAAAUUAAUCUGCAAAUCAGAGACAAGAAGCAUAAGAAUCUCAUUUGGGAAGCCUUGCUGAAACCAGGGGACCUCAGACCUGCACCACCCACGAUCCAUGAAACCCACAAAGAUGCUCCUGCCUCACUACACUUACUGGACCAGCAUCGGGAGCAGCUGGUGGCCAGAGUGACAUCCGUGGACCCUGUCUUGGACAAGCUGCAUAGUCGGGUGCUGAGUGAAGAGGAGUAUGAGGCAGUGCGAACUGAAGCCACCAACCAAGACAAGAUGAGGAAGCUCUUCAGCCUCAGCCAGUCCUGGACCAGGACCUGCAAAGACCAAGUCUACCGAGCUCUGAAGGAGACCCAUCCUCACCUGAUCAUGGACCUUCUUGAACAGUCAGGAGGUCUCUCUGUGGGAUCCUGACAUCUUAGUGGCUGAGGGUCCUACAGGGUUCCUGCUUCAUGGAAGAGUCUGCCAGACAUUCUACAGGACACAAAAAAAUGACUAAUAAACUGCCAAUGCUGGUGGACUGUUUAAAAUUUCCUGCUUUGCUGAGCAAUCUUCCAGACACACUGUGGCCUAUGGGCUGAAGACGGAUGCCCCAACAUUACAGAAGAACUUCUGGUGACUGUCCAG